GGACAAGCCUGCCCAGCAGCACCCAGAGACGGGCUGGAAGGAAGCAGCCCACUGCUGAGCUGUGGGGCAGGCGAGUGAACUGGUCUGAGCCUGGCACUGCAAACCUGAGAGCAAAGCAGAGAACACUUUGUGGGAAUGCCCCUUGCAGGGACUCCUGCUCCUGUUAAAAGGAAAAAGUCCACUAAACUCAUUGGGAAGCUGACACACGAAGUCAUGCCACAAGAGGUGUCCAAGCUGAACUUGGGAAAGAAGAUCAGCAUCCCCAGAGAUGUGAUGCUAGAAGAGCUUUCUCUCCUCACUAACAAAGGAUCCAAGAUGUUCAAAUUACGUCAGCUGAGGGUGGAGAAGUUCAUUUAUGAGAAUAACCCUGAUGCCUUCACCGACAGUUCUGUGGAUCACUUUCAGAAGUUCAUCCCACCAGGAGGGCAUUACGGGGAAGAUGCUCAUGGCUAUGCCCAUGGGCGGAUGGUAGGAGGAGUGACAGCGGGUCAGCAUGGCUCCAGUAAGCAGCAGUAUCCUGCUGUUCCUCCUAGGCCUGGAAGCAAAGGAGGCCCUGGGGACAGUGAAGGGGACCGUCCAGGAGAAUCGGCUGGAAGUGGUGGAGGAGGCGAUGGUACUGGGAAAGAUGGCAAGUCAGGAGGCAAAAAAAUCACUGUAUUUAAAACUUACAUCUCCCCCUGGGAACGAGCAAUGGGUAUCAGCCCCGAGGACAAAAGUCAGUUCACCAUUGACUUACUGUCAUAUAGUUCCAAAGCUGAUUUCCCCCAUUACAAGUCUUUUAACCGGACUGCCAUGCCUUACGGGGGUUAUGAGAAAGCAGCCAAACGGAUGACCUUCAAAGUGCCUCAGUUUGAUAUUUGCCCUUUGCUUUCAGAAUCUCUCAUGAUAUAUAAUCAAAAUUUCAGCAACAGACCCUCCUUCAACAGAACCCCAAUACCUUGGAUGCCUUCGGGAGACUCCUCUGAGUACCAUACUGAGGUCAAUGUGCCAAGGAGUGGUGAAACAGAAGAGCUGUAAAUCCCCACCACCAAGGCCGCCUUUUUUUCUCAGCCCCUUCUAUUUGCAAGUUGAUAGUAAGGGCCUGAAAA